UUGCGUCUGUAGAUAACCUGUCUCAUUACAGACCUUGCGUUAAAGACAGCUGAGUGAGAUUCGGUGUCAAAAUAAUAAUGAUUUCAAUUCGAAAAACGUCGCCGUUACUUUAAACGAUGUGAAUGAAACGGGCACGAAAACGUUUUAAAACCCAUUGAAAAUGCCACAGCAGCCUCAAGAGAAAGAAUCUCAAAGUGUCGUUUCGACACCAAAAGGGGGAAAAUGUGAGGAAAAGAAGUCAAAAACUCUUCUUCACAUAAUCCCCAAGUUGCCAUCAAGUGAUUCACUCAGUAAUAGCCCCGGUCCUGCUUCUCCUGGUAAGGAAAAUCUUUCUACGUCCAGAGAUGUUAUCAAUUUUUCGCUAAUUGGUCUUUCUUUAGAACGCCAAGAUUGCUUGUUGGUCGAUAAAUCUACUGAGAAUGCGGUUAAGUUAGCACGUAAAGAAUCAUAUAAAGUGCAGAGAAAACAUUAUCGGAAAGAAAAGAAAAGAAUGACAAACGAGCUUUUAAGUUCAUUAAAAGAUACGUCUGUGGUUGUAUUGGCGGAUUGGUUAAAAAUACGAGGCACACUAAAAUCAUGGACAAAACUUUGGUGUGUCUUAAAACCUGGUUUGCUGUUAUUAUAUAAAACUCCAAAAGCUAAGAGCAACCAUUGGGUUGGAACAAUAUUAUUAAACUCGUGCAAAGUGAUAGAAAGACCAAGCAAAAAAGAUGGGUUUUGUUUCAAAUUAUAUAACCCCUUAGAUCAAAAUAUUUGGGCACCACGGGGACCAGAAAAUGAAACAAUUGGGGCUGUCGUACAACCUUUACCUACAUCAUACUCAAUUUUUCGAGCAUCUUCUCAAGCGUCGGGAAUGUGUUGGUUAGACGCGUUAGAAAUUUCGAUAAGAAACGACGCCGCUUUGGUUCGUUCGGCUAAUAAAGCAAGUAUUGGAAGUACUAGUCAUGAAACGCAAUGGUCUGAAGCCGAUUACGAAAAACAUUUUGUUCAUGAUUUAGAUGAUGUUAGUCAACCGGAUAAUGGUACUCAUUUUUGUGCCGCGGAUUGUGAAAUAAGUGAUACAGACUCGGAUGUCUCAGGAAAAGAGGAGUAUAUUGAUGAUGAUCCAGUAGAAACGCCUUAUGUACCAAACGUUGAAGAAGAAUUGGGAGAUUGUUUUGAGGCUGGUGCUCAAGUUGAAGAAUUAGCAGAUGAACACAAAUCAUUAAUUUGGUAUCUUGUGAAACAAGUUCGUCCGGGAAUGGAUUUGAGCAAAGUUGUUUUGCCUACUUUUAUUUUAGAGCCGCGUUCGUUUCUUGAUAAACUCACCGAUUCUUACUACCACGUUGAUAUUUUAUCGCGAGCCGUUUUAGAAGAUGACGCUUUUACUCGGAUGAAAACCGUCGUGAAAUGGUACCUUUCCGGUUUAUACAAAAAACCGAAAGGAUUAAAAAAACCUUAUAACCCGAUUUUGGGGGAAACUUUUCGUUGUUAUUGGCUACAUCCAAACGGUUCGAAAACGUUUUACGUCGCCGAACAGGUUUCUCAUCAUCCACCGGUUUCUGCAUUUUACGUUACGAAUCGUAUGGAUGGCUUUUCAAUUUCCGCUUCAAUACUCGCAAAAUCGAAAUUUUAUGGCAACUCAACCUCUGCGAUUUUAGAUGGUACUGCUGUUUUAACUCUUUUACCGCGUGGUGAAAAUUAUACAUUAACCGUCCCUUACGCCCAUUGUAAAGGUAUAUUAAUGGGUACCUUAAGUAUGGAAUUAGGGGGUAAAGUAAACAUAGAAUGUGAAAAAACCGGUUAUCAAACUGAAAUUGAAUUUAAAUUAAAACCUUUUUUGGGGGGAACCGAGCAUACGAAUUGCAUAACGGGUAGAUUAAGACUGGGGAAAGAAACUCUUGCCACUUUAGAGGGAUUUUGGGAUGGUGUUAUUAAUAUAAAAGAUCGUCGAACGGGUGAUACUCAAAUUUUUUGGAACCCAACUUCGGCUAUUCGUAAAAGUCGCCUUCUUCGACAUACAGUUCCGGUGGAUCAACAGGGUGAGUUUGAAUCGGAACGUCUUUGGCAGCACGUUUCGGCAGCUAUCUUGAGAGAUGAUAUGAACGCAGCUACUGAAGAAAAGACUACUUUAGAAGAAGCCCAACGUGCUUCGUCGAAAGAACGCAAAGCGAAAUGCGAAGAUUGGAUUCCGAUUCAUUUUCAACAAGACUUAAAAUCCGGACAGUGGGUUUAUAAACAUUCCGAUUUACGGCCGUGGGAUCCUAGAAAUGAUUUGUAUCAGUACGAACAUGAUUUUUUGAUUUCCACGCGAACCAGACACCCGACGCCGAUGAUAAGAACGUCGAGUUUAACGAGCAUGCAAAGACAAGAUGCUGCUAUGAAGAAUAAUAAGCGUAGUUUUGAUGGGGAUGGACACGAUACCGGGACGGAAUCUGAGGAAUAUCAUUCCGAUUCAACUCAAAGUGUUAAAAUCAAUAAAACUACAUCAAAUAAUACAAUUUUAACAGCAAUUUCCGAAUUGCAAAAUAAUCUUCAAGAACACAGCAACCGGAUACAAAAGUUGCAGGAAAGUUUAACCAGACACCUGGAAUUGGAAAAAAAUCGUACAAAUUACUUACUCGCAAUCAUUAUUCUAUUUGGUAUUUUACAAGCAAUGGUAUUUUAUUAUUACAGUUAAAAAAAUAUAUAUAAUGGGACACCUCAAUUCACCUCAACAAUCAAAGGCAGAAAGGAAAAUCAAGAGGUCGUUUUUUCGAUAUUUAUUAAUAUAAUCGUGUACUGAGCUUUUUUUUAUAAAACACACCUAAAAAUUUACUAAGAAACUACGUUAUAUACACAUAAUUAUAUUCAUAUAUGAAGAAAGAAAUAAUUCCACAAUUUUUAAUAUAUAUAAAAAUAUUUAUAAAUAACGCUGAGUCUAAGUACAUAAUUUUUUUAAGAUUGCGGUAAUUAAUUUUUAUAUUGAGCCAACAUCUGGAUACCUUUGCAAUACAUAUUAUAAUUAGUUGAGUUGCAAUGCUAUUAUUUACCACAUUCUUCAAUAAAAUAUGUAUAAACCCAGCGAAUAUAUAAACACCGUCUAUAUGCAAAAUGUCCAAUAUUUUCUUUUUGUGUUUUUAUUUGUGUUUUUUGUUCAGGCCUAUGUCAAUAUUUAUUAUUGUAAAUAUAACUUUUAUUAUUCUUGUUGAAUAUUUUUGUUUUUCUUUUACUUUCUCUCUUUCCUUAUCAAUUCCCUACGACGAUGUGAUUUCUCAUCCAACUUGGAUUUUCUUUCUUCUAGCAUAUUGCAGACUGCCUUCUUCUCUAAAGCUUAUUUCUAGCUAAUCUUAUUUCUAAAAGAUUCCAAUUUCUUUACAUUCUGGGCACUUUUCAAGAUUUCUACUUCAUAUGUCAACUGAGACGUUAUUAUGUUAUUCGUAACUGCCUGGCGAACACUUCUCUCAACCAGGAUCUUU